UCUUCUUUACACCAUUUAGAUAUAUAUUACCUACUUUACUCUUGUUAAGCCUUCUGGAAGUCUGUUUUGAAAUGUGAUAAGCUUUCCUUGUCUAAACAGCUUCAGUGAAGAGGUUCCAGCUACUGAGCCAUUUCUGAGCAGUGUAUUCACAUACAUGUGCACAUACUGCAGUUUUCAAUGCCUGGAUUUAUUCAAAGAAAUUUGGUACCUUUGGUCUGAGCAAAGAUUUAGGACCCUAGUUAGUUUCUGAUCCAUGCAGUCAUUGGAGUAUGAAAGCCUACAGAUAGUAACUUGGUCCAUCUAAGACCUUGAAACACCUUUGAGACAUACCUUCCCCUUUUCCCUAAGUGCAAAAGGCAUAUAAGGUGGUUAAUUGUCUAUUCCAACUCACACACUUAAUUGCUUAAGGCAAAGGAAGCUGAACCUGGGAGCAUUACCCAGUAUAGCUCCACGUCUGUAGUGGUGCUUGCUGAAGCAACUAACCUAUGACAGGCUGUGGAUUGCUGGAAAUGUUAUUUCUGCCUUUGCACUGUGAUGACAUGAAGACAUGAAAAAAUAGAUGUUCUUAUGUUCAAUUUCAAAGACCCUGUUAGUUUCUCAAUAUUAUUGACCAUGAAACACUGAAAAGUCAAGAUUUUAUUUCAUGUAUUUAUUUCAUGUCAAGAUUUCAUUUCACAUUUAUGCUGUGUCAAUUUGCUAUUGCUUUGAACAAUCAGCUAUAGAAAGCCAACCUGUAGUCCAGAAGACUUUUGAGAAAUACCUGCAUUUCUUGGCUUUGUAGUGCGGCAUCUGAAUUCUGGUAUGGGAUUUGUGUAGCUGUCAAAUGAAACUGCAGAAUCACAGUCAAAAUUACAGCUGUCAAACGAAACUGCAGAGACUAGAAAGUAAGGUAUGGUCAUACCCAUUAGCUCUCAUUUACACUACAUUUCUCUGCACUGUUCCAGCAAUGCAAAGGGGAAGAGGUGGUUGCAAGAGAUACCAAUGCUCACAGCCAAGUGUUAAAGCAGCUUUUAAAGUGGACCAGCAUUCAAAUGAAUGGUGUAGGUUCAGUGAUACAGUGAAGGGAAAUCAAGUGCACUGGUCUGUCCUCCUGAAUAAGAGACUAGACCCAUUUCGGCAUAAAGUGCGCAUUCAGGGGCUUUCCAGUCUCUGCCUCGUUUGCAUCUAAUACCUUUCUGUUAAGGAUUUAGGAGUUAUGUGUAUAUGGCUGUCAUUGCUUGCAGCUCUGAACUCCAUUUGCAGAGAUGUAACUGCAAAUUAAGCCUUAAUUGUACUGAGUGUAUUUUGGAUAUGAAAAGAAUCCUGGGUACUUUCUUAUUCUUUUCCAGGCUGGAACCUUUAAAAAAUCCCUCUGCAGUGGUUAUGUAAGUUUUGUUUCCAUUCUUGUCCCUCUCAUUCAUUACCAAGGAUUGUAACCUUUUAAUAAAAUUUGAAACAAAUAGAAGAACAGAUGGUUCCAUGCCAUCAGCAACCAGCAACUUGGACUGUUGGGCAGAAGUGCUUGUGUCACAGUAAAGCAGCAGUUCAAAGCCUCAGAGCAUCAGAUGACACUGCACAUUGAAAAAUCCAAGCUGCCCUUACUUCACUAGGAAGUGUGGUGAGGAAGAGCAGAGGACCCAAGGCUCCGUAGGACAUUCUUCCAGUAAGCUGUGUGGAGGAUCUGGCUCUGACAGCUGAAGUGAUACACUGAUCUUGGGGACAUCAAAUGGUAUGGUAUCAGGUUUGAAAGAAGGUUGAGCACACCUGCAGUACAAUAUUUUGGAUGUCAGUAAGUCUGCAUGGGUUAAAACAGAAUCCAGACAAAUUUACAGAAGAAAUGCCUCAACAGGUUUCAGAUGCAAAGGAAAUCCCCAAAAUGCAGAUUCACAGAGACGAAUUCACAUUGCUGAUGCAUUCAGUGAAGCCAGAGAACUCCCAGUUUAUGCAAGAAGCAGCAUUGUGUCCCUGCUGACAGCUGCCAGUGAGCACAUCUUCUCUUCUGUGGUGUUCAAGUGUCCCUGCAAUUCUGGGAACAUGCUGUAUGGCUCUGUCUUCCUCCUGGUGCCUGCCUUCAUCCUCUUUCUGCUCGGCUACAUGGUGAAUGCCAGGACAUGGCGCCUGUUGACAGGCACCUGCCCUCCGGAGAAGGGCCGUGACUGCAGCCUCAGGGGAACCUGUGCCCGCUACUGCCAGGUGUUGGUGCCAGUGACAGCCAGAGCCUUGGUGGCUCCACUCACCUGGAUAGCCGUGGCCCUGCUCAGCGCCAACUUCUACCCGUGUGCAGCCAGCGGGAACAGCCUGAUAAAGGAUCUCAUCUGUAAAGAUCAAGGGCAAGAGUGCCAAAACCUGCUGUUCAAAAUACCCUGUGGUGAGAAGUUAUCAACAGACAUAUCAAGUGAACUUCUUAGCCUUCAGGCACAGUCCCAGCUGAUAGGGUGGUUCCUGAUAGCCACCAUCAUGACUGUGGCACUGAUUUCAACAUGUGUCAGCCGCUGUUGCUCCCCGGUCAGCUAUCUUCAGCUCAAGUUCUGGAAAAUUUACUCAAAAGAAGAACAGAAACUCUUUGAGAUCAAAGCCAAGGAGCAUGCAACCCAGCUGGCAGAAAGAAAUAUAAAUUGCUUUUUUGAACCCACUGACCCAGCACCAUUUCAUACUCCCAGCAACGAAGACUGGAAGAAGAUUUCAUUCUUGUAUACAUUCAAUGCACAAGAGCAGUAUUACAGCAUGAUACACAAGUAUGUGAACACAAACAGAGGCAACAGCGCCAGAUUUGAGGAAGGCGGUCAACAUCCCACUGUUUUAGGAUUUGUUGAUGAAACAGAUGCAGUUGAUUCAGGGUUUUAGUGAAAUAAAUCCUUUGCAAUGCUGGCAGUCUUUUAACCAGAAGAGUCUUAUUCUGUGUUCCUCUGCGCUGAAAUCUAUGCAAACGUUAUGUAAAAGAUGAUAGUUGUAACCCUCAGCAGAUUUGGUUUUAAAUAGACUUUAUUACUUUUGCAUAAUACAUUUAAAUAAAUACAUCUGUCACAA